UUGUUUUCCCUCUGGACCUUCCCAUUUUCCACAUUCAUUCAUAAACCCUAGAAAAUAGACUUAAACCCUAGCUACUGUGCUCUCAAUGGCGUCGUCUUUGAUGAAAUCCCUACUUAAAACCUCUUCUUCAUCAUCCUUAAGCUCUUCUCUUAGAUCAGUCAUUUCUAUACCUUCUCGCUCAUACGCUAGGGUUUCAGCAAAAGAGAAGUAUCAGAAAGAGAGUGAAAAAGAAGAGGUCGUCCCAGUAUUUGAAUCAGAUGUUUCUGAUGCCCCAGCUUCUGGAAUCAGUAAACCCUUAUCAGAAAUCCUUAAAGAACUCAGCAAAAGAAUUCCUAAUGCACUUAUCAAAACCCGUUCUGAAAAGGGGUUUAGCAUGAGAUAUAUUCCCUGGCACAUUGUUAAUAGAAUUCUGAAUGUACACGCUCCAGAAUGGUCAGGUGAGGUUAGGGACAUCAAAUAUUCUGCUGAUGGUAAAUACGUAUCUGUCAUAUAUCGUGUUACACUAUAUGGAACUGAUGCCAAGAUUUAUAGAGAAUCGACUGGAACUGUAUCUGUAGAUGACAAGAUCUCUGGAGAUCCAGUUCAGAAGGCAGAAUCAAUGGCGUUUCGUCGUGCUUGUGCACGCCUUGGUCUGGGGCUUCAUCUGUAUCAUGAUGAUCUGUCAUAAAAAUGAAGAGAAGAUGCAACAGUUUUCUCCUAGGAUUAACUUUUUGCGCCUAUCUGGAUCACUUACUUUGGUUCAACUUUUAAGAAUUCAAAACCAUAGUCCGACGGAUGUUGGUGAGGGCAUGUGGAUGUGUUCUCGGUGUUCUCUUGUUUAUAUCGGCAAGACUAGUCUUUUAGUGUUGAUGUGUUAGUUGACAACAAUUGCAAAUUUUACAUGUAUAUUUUGGCUAAUAUAUCUUGCAAAUUGUCUGUUGAGAAUGUAAAGAACUUAAAAUGUACUUUGCAUGAAUUUUGAAAUGACCUUGAGCUCAAAAACAAGGUGUUUUCAAAGAAUGCUUUCUGAGGUCACAAGAGGCUACGCUGUCUUUUACUGCUUUUUGAUUUUAAGAGAUUGAAAUUUUAACGG